GUUGGUUUGUCUGAUUGAUUUUUCUAUUUGGUAUGAUCUUUGUAUGUUUCAGAGCCCCGUUAACUCUUCCUGAGCAUGAUGAAUUAUGCAAGCAACUACCUAAAAUCAGUGGAAAUUUUUUGGCAGCAUCUUUAGGUCAGAAAGCACGAUGGGAGAGAGAGAGACAAAAGAAAGAACAACUUCCAAAAAGGGAGCCAUCACGGGCACGCUCACAGGCAAGAAAAGCAUAUCUUCGAAGAGUUAAACAAGACAAAGCUAAACAAGACAAAGCUAAACAAGCCAAUGAUAUUCUCAUUCAGCAUGGCGUUAUUCCAAUGACUCUUCUUCAACCUGAGCAGUCAUACAGUAUUGAACUCUUCUUCGACCUGAUGAUCAGUCAUGUAGUAAUGAAGGAUGCGUAAGUUAAAAAAAAAUACAAUAGAACACUAUUUAGAGAAAUAAAAACAAUGCAGAUUACCUUUGUGGACAUCGCUAAUAGAAAUAUCAGUUUACUUGGGAAUGUAUCGACUCAAAGAUAAAGACGUGCCUGAUACAUAUAUUUUUGAUGCCUGGUUUGCUUUGCUAGUUGUUCGGUUUAUGCAUCUCAACUUGUAGUGUCAAAUAUGUUUUUAGCUUUUGUAUUGAAAUACAUUGCUUUUAUU